UUGGCCCUACUUAUGUGUAUGUAUGCAGCGCCAACAGUUUGCGCAGCUCUUUACAAAAUUAAGGUAGACAUUACAGUUACAAUCAGGGGCGGACUGACAACUCAUGGGGCCCCCAGGCAAUAGGGGAUCAUGGGGCCCCUGUGUCCUUGCCCAAACUCAAAAAAGCCUAUGAAAAAGGUACCAGGGGCAUCUCAUGGGGCCCCCUACUGACCCCGGGCCCUCGGGCAGUGCCCGAGUUUCCAAAUGGUCAGUCCGACCCUGGUUACAAUACAAA